CUCUGGCCCAUCAAAAGUCUAGCACAAAUCAAUCCAAUACUCAGCCAACAUGCCUGGAGCCGUUCUUGCCCUAACACAUCUCGUCCCCGGAGAGGACAUCGGUGGAGGUAACCCUCUCAAACGAGGUUUCGUGAAGCGAGAUUAUUUGUGGUCUUUCAUCCUCGUCACCUCUCUCUUCUUCCUCUGGGGAUUUGCCUACGGACUGCUCGACGUACUCAACAAGCACUUCCAAAAUGUCCUGCACAUCACCAAGCUUCAAUCAACCGGUCUUCAAGUGGCUUACUUCGGUAUCGGAUACUUUGCCUACUCGCCCGUCGCUGGUGAAGUUUUGAAGCGCAGAGGAUACAAAACCGCAAUCAUCAUGGGACUCUGCUUGUACUCGCUCGGUGCGAUCCUUUUCUGGCCCGUUGCCAAGUACAGUGUCAACACCAAGAACCCUCAUGCCAUCUUUGGUGGAUUCGUCGUCUGCACUGCGGUCAUUGCUUGCGGUCUCGCCACACUCGAGGUCGCGGCCAACUCUUAUGUCUCAGUCAUGCCACCUCGAGGUUUUGCCAACUUCAGACUCCAAUUCUCCCAGUCAUUCAACGGUGUCGCAUCCUUCUCUGGACCCUUGAUCGCCUCCAAAUACUUCUUCAGCGGGGAGAACGCGAACAACUUGAACAAUGUGCAAUGGGUCUAUCUUGCCGUCGCCGGAAUGGGUGUCGCCAUCGCCCUCGCUUUCGUCUUCACCAAACUCCCUGAGGUGUCCGAAGCGGAUCUGCAAGCCCAAGCGGAGGCAAUCGCUCACCAGAACUCUCUCGAUGGAAAUGGUCACGUGACGGCCUUGGAGCCAUUCUACAAACAGUACAGGGCCAUCACUGGAUUUGUGGCUCAGUUCCUGUACGUCGGCGCCCAGGUCACCAUUGGAUCGUUCUUCCUCAACUACUCGUACUCCAAUGCCAACAUUCCAGAUGCCCGUGGCUCUCAGCUCUUGUCCUACGGACUGAUCACCUUCACCGUUGCCCGCUUCAUCGGAACUGCUUUGCUCUCUUACAUCUCCGCUCCCCUCAUGCUGGCCGUCUAUGCGGCAGUGUGCACAGUACUGGCUGUCUUGAUUGGAAGUCUUCGUGGUAUGCCCGGCGUCGUCUGCCUCAUCAUCAUCAUGUUCUUUGAGUCGAUCAUGUACCCCGUCAUCUUCGUCCUGGGAACAUCAGGCGCUGGACGACACACCCGUCGAGCGUCCGCUCUCCUUGUCAUGGGUGUUGCCGGUGGUGCCGUCUUCCCUCCCAUUCAAGGUGCCAUUGCCGACAAGUUCUCCACUCGAACAUCGUACUACCUCGUCAUACCAUGCUUUGUCUACAUCUGCGGAUGGGCUCUGUGGGUCUGGAACAAGGACGGCCGACAAUUGAGAGCUGGUCCUGGUACUGCUGUGCCUGCAGACGCUGAAUCGCAGAACACGGAGAAACUGGCACAGGUCGAAGUUCUCAGUGAGAAGGCCGGCGAGUUUGAGGAGAGGGACGACAAGUUGUAGACUAUAGAGCAGGGCUUGGUACAAUGCAGUGAUUGUUCGGAUGA